AUGAAAUCUUGUUUUCAGACUGAAAGUGUGUGCUCUUGGAUUAUGGCAGGAAAUUUCCCCCAUAUAUUUGUUCUUGAAGCCCACAGAACCAGAAGGACUGGUACCGGCUUUGUUCUCGACUCAGACCUGCAGUUUUACUCUGAAAGCCUCAGACCGGAAGCAGAUUUCUGCGGUUCCGUUAAGUGGACGCGCUUCCAGCUGUUCACUGAGCUUGGACUUUGCUGCCGGACGUGUCGGACCGAACCAUGGACCUGCUUUGGGCUCGGCUCUGACCUCCAGCCGGCUCCCGGAGCUCCAGCAUGGUGCCGCCGGGAAACGAGUCGUACAGCCGGGCUGAGACCAACCGCACCGCGGGGCAGCCCGGGCCGGAGGUGGUGAUCGUGCCGCUGGUGUUCGGGCUGAUCUUCGUGGUGGGGCUUCUCGGGAACUCCCUGGUGAUGCUGGUGAUCGGCAGGGUGAAACCCAGCGGUGGCGCGCGCCCGCUCAGCCCCACCAACAUCUUCAUCGUGAACCUGAGCGUGGCGGACCUCCUCUUUCUCCUCUUCUGCGUCCCGCUCCACGCCACCAUCUACUCCCUGCCAGAGUGGGUGUUCGGAGCCUUCCUCUGCAAGUUCGGACACUUCUUCACCACGGCCAGCAUGCUGGUCAGCAUCCUCACGCUGGUGGCCAUGUCCGUGGAUCGCUACAUCGCCGUGGUUCGCUCCAAGAGCUCUGCGUGCGUCCGCAGCCGCAGGAACGCGCUGGCUGGGCUGUGCGUCAUUUGGACCCUGUCCCUGCUGUGUUCGGUGCCGGUGGCGCAAAACUACGUGCUCACCAGCCACUCCAGCGCCCCGAACAAGACCUUCUGCUGGGAGGCCGGGCUGGGAGCGUCGCGGCGCGCCUACAAGGUGUCCAUCCUGCUGCUGGGCUUCAUCCUGCCUCUGCUGCUCAUCUCCUGCUGCUACAUCAGGGUUUUGUGCCACCUGCAUAAAAAGAUGAAGAACAUGUCCAAGAGGUCCGAGCUGUCCAAACGAAAGACGGUCCAGACCAUCCUCCUGGUUGUCACCGGCUUCACCAUCUGCUGGAUGCCGCACCACAUCAUCGUCAUGUGGGUGGAGUUCGGCACCUACCCGCUGAACGACGCCACCUUUGCGCUCCGCAUCGUGUCCCAUUGCCUGUCCUACGGGAACUCCUGCAUCAACCCCAUCCUCUACGCCUUCCUGUCCGAGAACUUCCGCAAAGCCUGCCGCCAGGUGUUCGCCCGCCACCUGCUCUUCACGCCGCCGGCCGACGGGAGAGUGGUUCGAUUCCGCAUGGACAACUUCUCCACCACACACUCCAGCACCAACAUCUAAAGGACAAGCUGGAGGUCCUGCCGGUCACAUGACCAGGGAGGCUGCAAGUGAUUGGCUGCUUUGGUCGGCCUCCAGUUGAAGCAGAACCAGACUCAGCAGGAUCUUACAGUUCAGGAGCCAUGAGCAGAAAUAACUGAUUUAUUCUGUGCUUUCAUUAUCUUGGAGAGAAUUUUUCACAAACUGAUAAAUUAUUUUAUUUUAAUGUGUAAAGUUUCUCAGCUUUCUCCUGGACUCCAACUGAGACAAACCAAGUCAGUGGUUUUGGUUCUAAUUUAUAGCACAUUCAAAUAAAUACAUCACAUGAAUGCCGUCAUGUUAACACAGAGAUUCGGAAGGUGUUAACUAUAAAUAAAGUUUCUGAAGAAGGA